GAGCAGGAAUGUGGAGGAGUGAGAGCAGUCUGAAAACAAACUGCGCGCUUCUUCCCUCCCCUCUUCACUGUCUGGAAGCGAGUCUUAAAGAUGUAAAACUUAUUAUUCAGUAUAAACAGAACAAGACGAUUGGGGAUAAAAGCAUCAUACAGUCAACCCAGGACAUUAAGCUACUUCAAGUUUUGCAUAAUUGAAGGCAUCUGGACCUGACAGCAUUUAUGACCCUCUCAAACAAUACUGACAGAGGCAGCCUGUGGCUUCCUUUAUCUGGUUCCUACCUAUCACCUCAGUGUUACCCAUGUGCAAUUUAGAUUUGAUAACACAACGUAGCCCUUUGGACUAUUCAAAUCAUAGGAAAAAAAGCCUUACCAAAAGCACCUUAAAAUAUCUUCCUGCACAUAUUCAGUGUCGGCAUUUUGCACUGAAUAUGUCCAGACAGCUUCAGUCUUUUUCAGUGUCACUGUGUUGGUACUGCCCUGAAUGUGUAGUGUUAACUAUGCAGCAAAUGAGAAAAUUGUGAAUGUCUUAGAUUUGGGGAUCAUUAUUAAAAUUCUUGAGAAUGAGAAACAUUGACAAAUGCUUUGUUUCAUUUUUCAACCCAGAAAAAACCCUAAUUUAAAUGACACCAUUUUUAGCUUUACUCUAUAAUCCAUAAUUAUGCAAGCAAACUUCAAGAGAACGAAGGAUUUAAAACACUUGGAAUUUUUGUCAUACACUGAAAAUGUAAAUGAUGGUGCUCUGUAGUACAGCUUCAUAGGCAGGAUGAUUUUGUGCUUGAAAAGAACAAGAAGCUUUUAGGACCUAAGUUGUUAUAGGUAAAAAUGAAAUAUGCCCAAUUCUAAUAAAAUAAAAAGGAAUUUAUUCACGACCGUGAUACAGUCCCGACAGCCAACAAUCAAACUGACAGGCCAACACUCCCGGGAGAUAGGCUGGGUGGAUGUGUAUCUGGUCUCUAUCGCACCAAAUCCCCCUGCAUUCACACUGACAGCUCCGAGGAAGCAGUUCUUAUACUCUUUAUUUUGCCCGUGGCAGAGUCCCUUUGUCUCCUUUUUGAGUUCUUCAUAUUCAAGUUGGUCCUUUUCUUCAGUCUGAGCUGCACAAAGCCUUCCUCCCGGAAUUGAUCAAUGCAUUUCCCUGAUUCCCAGAAUCCUGUAUUCAGGUGGCAGGUGCGGAUGGCUCCGGUUAUCUCAGAUGGGUAUCUUUCCCGGGCCAUCAUCUUUUGGGCGUCACUGGAUACAUGCCUCCAUGAACGACCAUGUCCUGUGCAGCCCAGGUUUCCUUCACAUGUAAAUGUCAUGGUGUCUCCUUGCCAGUCUGCCGUGGUUUCGCCAUCCUGAGAAUGAAAUUCCUACCCUCCCCCACCUCUGUACAGCCGGUUUGGUUAAUAUAAUAUAUAGAAAUCUAUAUAUAUAUUCUAUCUGCACGAAUUACUAACUAUAUCCCUAACAUAAGUCCUGUAAGAUCUUCUGGAGGAUGAUGCAGCUGCUAGCUAGAAGAUCAAUCACUUGACUUGUAUUAGAUUGACAGCUAUGAAUGCUUUUCAAAGCAGAGUCGGGUGGGCUUAGAUUGGUAUCCUUAAAAGUGAAACAUCAGACAUCAAUGUAAGCUUAGGAUAAUUGCACAAGUCAGAACUCACAGGGAACUAAGAGAAAAAUGUUUCAUACUGGGUAAGUGGGUUUAUUUGAAAAAUAAGAAAAAACCAAAGUUAAAUACUGAAGAGUAGAAAUACCAAUAUCUGAGUUACUACUUCUUUCAUAUUAGAGCAAAAGGUUCACCACCAUGGUGAGAUCAGACUCAGCAAUCCAGAUGCCUUGCUCUGGAGGGUUGUUUUGCUAUUAAUAUUUGUUUGUUUGUUUGUUUUCAGGGGGCUCCAUUUGUUUUCUUGCUUGUCUGGAAUGUAACAAAAGCUUUUUGAAAAGCUGACUAGUGACCUGCACUGGGCAGAUCUUCAAAGCAGAAGCAUCUUCCAAAGCCUACUGAAAUGAAAAAAAAACAAACCCAAACUGAAACCAGCCCUCAUGUUCUUUUGAUCCAAUGGAAAUAUAGAGCUGUUCUUCCUUUAUUUGGAGACCAUCCCCUAUAAUUCACUGACUCAGGCUGACCAGUCCUUUAAGUGCUCAGUCCAAAUAACUUAAUUCUCUUCCCACAUAAUCUGAAUAGUGGUCUCCCUUCAUCCAUCCGGGGAAGGCCUAUCUCUGCCUCCAGAAAAAAAGUAAAUCUCCUUUUUACUGACAUCAGUUCAGGCACCAAGAGAUGUCCAGCCAGUCACCAGUGUAACUGAGAGAGCUGUCUGACAGAUUAUUGACAUAACAAAUAUUUUAGUCAUCAGUUAUCUUGAUUUAUUUCUACCUGAAUGUCAAAUUUCAGACAUAUCUUGUGCAAAGAUUCUUUCUGAACUAACUUGCAUUGGGCUGAUGGCAUUGACUGAUGCCAUUAGCAAAUGAGCCAAAUGAGCACCAGGCCAGUUGAAUUAUUCAGCCUGGCAUCCAAAGGCAUAUGCAUGGAUAAAACAGGCUGCUAGCUGCCCAGUGGUCUGCCUGGCAUCAUUGUUUCCCGAGGUACCUGUCUCUGAGAAGUGCUUCUCAGAAUGCAGGAGCUCGGCUGAAGGGAUUAGGUGACAAUGACAAUCAGUUUUCUCCCACUUGAGCCCAUUGGGAGAAAUCAUGGAGGCUGGGCCUUUGCAAACACUUUGUUUGCCAUGGUUACUCCCUGCACUAAAGCUUAUAGAUUUUCUGAGAUAUCUGCUUUAUCUCUUCAAAAUAUUCCCUGGCUGCCCACACAGCAGAUUGUGCUUUGAGGCAUCCAAUGAGUGCCAGAGAAGCUGAGGAAAUUUCUAUUUCCCAUCUAUCCAUCUCCUGGAGAAACAAAGAUUUUAGCAGGAAAAGCAUUCAGCAUUUGAAGUAUUAAUUCAGAUUCUCUCCUGUGUGAGCCUGAAGCAUUUUGCAGGCUGUGGAUUUUACUGGACUCAUGUUCAGGGCUCUCAGGUUCAGUCCUUAAUGUGGGAGAAGCUGGAUGUUUGUGACCUUUCCUCUGUUUGCACAGCAGAGGCGACACAGGAAUAUCAGCACAGAAUUCUCAGUCAAAAAAUCUCUAGUCAGAAGGAUCAGGUGUUACUCACUUCAAAGCAGUGGUUCAUGGCACCUUGUUAUGGCCUUUCACAGGCAAAGUUGAAUUUGGGGAGUUAAUUUGGCAGGUGGAUGUUUAUUUCCGUAACACUAGUCAGAGAGCUUUGAAAUCCUAGCUCUCUUCCCCUUUCCCUAUUCCUACUUUUAGAAGGCUGUGUGUAUUUUAACUAGAUGUAGUAUUGAUCUGGUAAGACACAGAAUAAAACCCUAACAAAACAACUAUGUGGAGAGAAGAAAAAGGAAAAAAAAAAAGAAGUGGCCUGAAAUUGCGUAAAAGUGCUUGUGAUAUUUCUAAUGCUUUACAGAGAUCAGGCUUCAGUAACACAAAGAACAAUUUUGUCCUUUGUUCUCUUGCAAUUUUUUUCAAUGUGCAGGAAAGGAUGCAUGUAUUUGGCACAAAUCAGUUACCCAGAUGUCAUUUUUAGCUAAAGCCAGACCAAGGUGAGAAGAAGCCAAAGUAUUUCUGAAAAGCAAACAAGACAAUUUGCAAACACUUCUUAAAAAACAGGAACAAACAGCCAGACACACCAAGUUCAUCUUGCCCAACUUCAGUGUCCAAGGAGACACUAAAGCUCACUCUGUGAUAACUGGGAACAGCCUGCAAGGUAUGUACAGAGGAGAUCCAGCAAGCGCAAUCUCAGCUGGCUUUGCCCAGAAAUGACACAGGCUUUAAGGAUAUGAAAUAAAUGGGCAGGAGAUCUUUCUCCUUUUUUAAUGCCUUUAUUAAGAAGAUCAGCUCAGGUAGGGAGAAAUCGACGGGUCGCGCCCACGCCGCCGCUGCUCCCAGGCGUGUCAAGGAGAAGGAGGGUGAUGCAGCUUUGUCCGCUGGUCUGCAGACAGAGCUGGGGAUUCCGUCCUCACGGGAGAGUCGCAGAUUCCUGGCUUGUUUGUUUAACACCCCGGGGUGUCUCUUUAAUCAGUAUCUUUUCAGGUUAGGGUGAGAAACAAAAAGGGUCUAAGCAGGUAUGGGACUACGCUCCCAUCCUUAGACGUCACUUAAGUCACUUGUUGGCUCGUGAUUUUAGGGGUUUUUCUUGUAAAAACUGUAAAAAUUCGGGGUGCAAUGCAUUUCUCAUCUGCAUACUGGCUCUGGUGUCACUGCCUAUUCUCUUUACCUUGGAGGGUCUGUCCUGGUGUCUUCUUGGCAAGUGGCCAGCAUCAGGGCAACAAUGGUUAAUCACCGGCCAUUAACGGGUAAUUGAGGAGCUUUUCUUUGGCAGCGAAACCAAAGAGGUCUGACUGGUCUGACUUGUUUUUAACUCUGAAACUCAAAAAAAUGCAACUUUCUAUUCAUAACAGGAUACAGCUCACUUAAUUUAGAAAUCGACAACAGACUGAGAUAUAUUGUGCUCUAGAAAUGCUAAUUUCUUUUUGCUGACCACAACAGAAACUCUGGGAAUAGUUCAGAUAAGGACUGGGUUUAGAUUAGAUACUUGCAAGAAAUUAUUCGGUUUAAAGAGUGCUGAGGCCCUGGCACAGGUUGCGCAUAGAAGCUGUGGCUGCCUCAUCCCUGGAAGUGUCCAAGACCAGGCUGGAUGGGGCUCUGAGCAUUCCCCACUCCAUCUGCUCCACAUUUUCAGUAAAAUAUGGUAUAUCUAUCGUAAAGACAGGUGAGUCCUGUACUCCAUAGUCUCUGAUUCCCCAUCUGGUAACAUACUUGUAUACACAGAUUUUCCGGUCAUCACACUUCUUGCACAUCCUUGUUCCCAGAAGGGACGGGACUACCUGUGUAGCUGAGGAGAUAGAUUAUUUUAAUCUAUAGGUGUAAAUACAGAGUCUGAAGUUUGUGCUGUCCAAGAGCCUCAGCUAUUGUUUGCCCAAAAACUCCAAGCCCUCCCCCUGUGGAAUCACAUAGGAUGCCAGCUAUUUGCCUCCUACUCUACCCCUGCAGAGGAGGGAGGGGUAAAUUGGAAUCUGCAUCCAUAUAAGGACAUGGGAAAACCAAACUGGAGUCUGGUUUUAGAUGUUACAAAAGUCCCAAACAGGGUAGUCACCUCAGACAAGAAAGUUGCUAAUUUUCCUCUGUGCUUAGAAAUCUCUGGGAGCAGUUUCCCUGAAGAAGCAAGAUCAGCUUCCUGUUAUCAGCAGAGGGAACCUUGACCACUGCAUGAAACAACCACAUCACAACCCAGAUAGGCAAGAUAGUGCAUUUUCAGCCAAUUCCUUUCUUUCAGGAGGCCCUUUUCUUUUUGUGUUGCACACCUUGGACAAACAAAAUUAAGCAAAACCCUGUGUCCUAAAUAGGGGUGGACUUCAGAGGCAUCAAGUUUGCUGAAACUAGAAAGGGGGAUCUCAGAUCAAGGGGUGCUGUGCUGACCUGUGGGUGCUCUAUAGUUAUGAAAGCAUUGUCCUUGCAUUACCAGAGAAAUGAACUGUGCUUUUACCUGUUGUCAUCUGACACAUAUAGCUCAACCAUAAAUAACUAGCUGAUGCACCCACUGAACUGCUGUUUUCAAGUCGGAGUUUCUUUCUGUGCCCCCAAGAAAAGCAACAUCAGCAUCAUUUCCCAGACUCAUGGAAAAAGUUAAGCAACUGCACCCUAUAGUUUUUCCCUGUAUCUUUAUUUCUUCAUUCCACUAGGUGUGUGGCCCUCCUUCAAGUGUAAGUCUGAACUGCAGUAGAAAGCACAGGAGUGACACAACUGAAGCUGUAACAUGAGCCUGGAUAUGUUCAGUAUAUUUUUCCCCUUGUGAUGGCCCUCAUGGAAUCUCAGUGAAUUUGUUUCAUCCUGAGCUCUGAAUUUUCAGGAUUCAUGGACACUGGCAUAUGCAGUCAUUUUAAAUUGGCUGGUGGGCUUAAGGCUCACUUCAUUAGUCUCUAGCUAUAUAAAACUGCACUUCUUUUUUUCAUUAUUUUGCACUAGCUGCUGUCUUGCUUUUUUGGGACUAUGCUUUUUUGGGACUAUGCCAGGCAACUCUAGUUCUUGCUUUCCUUUGUGUUAUGUGGCUGAAUCAAGGGAAUUAGCACAACAUAUGGCACUGCUUCAGUAUCAGUCACUGAAGGGAAAAGCUUGAUUUCUUCAACAGCCUUUGUUCUCUGCAGCUUUUAGGAGGAGCAUUUAAAUACAGGGUUUGCCAAAGCCUUUCUGGUCUCACUUCACAGGAUAAUUUCAUGCACCAUUUGUCUUCAAGGUUGGCUGGGAGGUAAUUCUAUUAAAAAGUUCAAGCUAAAGCAGUGGAGAAAGAGAAAGAAGGCAGAAAGCCAGGGACUGCCCUUAUCCUGACAUGUGGAAAAAUCUAAAAGCAAUUUGGUGAGGUUGGAGUGGAAGGAACUGUCCAGGGAGGUGGUGGAGUCACUGUCUCAGGACUAGUUUAAAGAAAGACUGGACAUGGUGCUUACUGCCAUGGUCUGGUUGAUAGGGUCAUGAUCAGUUGGACUGGAUGGUCUCAGAGGCCUUUUCCAACACAAAUGAUCCUGCGAUCCUGUAACUGCUAAACCAGGGCUGACCCAAACAGCUGGAAUUACACCAGGAACCAUAAGAAGUACUCAAGACCCUGACUGAAAAGUGAUGAUUUAUUAGUUAACCUCGUUGGUUAGUACAGAAAAAAAGAUGGUGUAGAAAUCAGGUGGAGGAAGCACAUGCUCAUGGAGACUUAGAAGCAACUGUAGAUCAAAAUUUCCUCCAACAGACUCAAGGUGGGACCCUAAUUUACCUGGGCUGGAGAGCAUUUAGCAAGGUAUCACAGAUGGGUAUUAUUUGGUGUAAAGCAUGCUAGACUGAAAGCCAUGAACUGGUCAAAACUGUGUGAGGUAAAGCAGGACAGGACUGCAACUUGCAUUGAAUAUUGACGGUGACUGCCAGAAAAUACACUAUUCUGGAUCCUGAGAACCUAGAGGAGGCUGUGCAGUUCAAAACUAUCUUUUUAUAGUUUUUAUAAAGAUAGAAAUAUUUUCUAUAUAUAGAAAUAUGGUUUCCUUAUAGGACGGCCCCAGAUAUUAGAAGCAAACUCCAGAAAAUGGAAGGACUGGAGUGCUGUGACUCAGGAAAGUUGUUAGAUGAAGCUUGGAAAGCAUAUCAAAACAGGGAUAGGUCGGGAAAAGGAAAUGUGACAGGCUGGAAAGGAAAAGUAGAGUCACGAAAACCUACUUGGAACUCUAGAGGGUGCUAAGGGACCGCGCAACAGGGCAGGAGAAAGGGGAAGAAGAGGCCGAACAAGGGGAAAGGGAGGCGGGGGGCUCCCGUCGUUUCCCGGAGAACGACUGGGGGAAAACCAGAGCGCACUUGGUAAGGAAAAGGGGCCUUGGGAGCGGGAAUGGCCGUAGGCUGGGAAGCUGGACCUUGCUUUAUAGGCUGUUACACAAGAAGAUGAAGAUUGAAGGGAAACGGGGGAUUCUACCACAGCUGAACCCCUGAGGCUGGGGAAAGAAGUGGGAUUUUUGGUAAGCACACGGCCAGCUUAUUCUGUAUUGAAUACACUGAAUGCAAACUUAGUAAGGAUGAGGUAAAUAUAAAUUGGUAAAUUAUAAAUUGCAAAUUGUUAAUAGUUAAGUGUAAAUUGAUACAUGUGGUAAAUGUACACUGUGGUAAAUAUAACUGGUGCUACAAAGAAAAGUGAAACUUGGUUAUUUUUACAGCCCAUGAAAUUUAAAUUAGGAAAGAACUGCACUACUCAUCAGUUUCUAUAUAUGUUUAAUGCCCAGUCCCCUUGUUGGGGAGAGACUUAUGGGGAAAAUUGGAUGCUCAGAUAAGCUGAGCAGGCCUGGGGGUCCUGAUGCAGAAGUCGGGAACCUGGAGGAGACCUGUGGGCUAUUUCUCCAAACAGCUAGACAACAUGAGCAGAGGAUGGCUGGGAUGCUUGCAAGCAAUUGCUGCAACUGUUCUCCUGAUCCAAGGGGCCAGGAAGCUCAGGGCUGGGCAGCACAUCACUGCUUUUGUCCCUCACAUGGUGACAUCCAUAUUAGAGCAAAAGUUGGAACGUUGGCUGUCCCAGCAGUAUGCUCAGAUACCAAGUUGUGCUCUUGGAACAGGAUGAUGUGGAGUUGAAGAUGACAGUAGCCAUGAAUCCAGCAGUUCUCCUUGAUCCAAAGGCAAUGGAUGAGGGAGCCCUGACACACGAUUGUCUCCAAACCAUGGAACAGGUAUAUUCCAGCAGAACCCAUGUGGAGGACGAACCAAUAGAGAGUCCUGAUUUAGAAUUGUUUACAGAUGGCAGGCGUUUCAUGAAAGUUGGGAAAUGGAUGGCAAGAUAGGCAGUGGUGACUGCCACUGAGGUAUUAGAAGCUCAGUCUUUACCAAUUAAUACAUCAGACAAAAAGCAGAGAUAAUAGCACUAAAAUAAGCAUUGAACUUGGCAGUGGGCAAAAGAGUGAAUAUCUGUAUUGAUCCUAGAUAUGCAUUUGUUGUGAUUCAUGCCCAUAUGGAAGGGAAGAGGACUGCUAUCGGCUCAAGGAUCACCUAUUCAACACAGAGAAGAAAUUUUACAACUUCUGAAAGUUAAAAAACCAAAGGAGGUGGCAGUGAUGCAUUGUAAAGCACUUCAAUCUGGGCAAACUAAUGUUAGAGUGGGAAACCGACUGGCAGACAAAGCAGCUUGAAAAGCAGCUGCAAAAGGCAUCCCAACCUUCUGUUUGUGUUAGUGCCACAAAAAUAAAUUGACAUAAUUGAAGGCUAAUUCUGACAGUGAAGAUCAAUAUUUAGAAAAUGUAUUAAAAGCCACUAAGUUCCAAGAGGGAUGGUGAGUAACAAACAGCCAACAGGUUCCACUUCCUAUAAGGAGGAAAGUAAUAGGAAAAGAACACAACAAAUCCCUCAGGGGAAUUGAGUCCCAGACAUCUAGUCUCCAAAACUCUGUACUUAGUCUGGAAAUGACUGAAAUAGAAAAAUUUGUAACAAUGCAAUGUCCAAUUUGUUUAAAAAACAAUCCCAUAGCAAGAAAAGGCCACCUCCUGGAACAGUUAAAGACAAGAUUCACAAGCCUUAAGGAGAGAAUGUUGCCAGAUAAAGAAUUGUUUGCACCUGGUGGGUCAAGACAAUGAUCACUGCUGAAAAACCACUGGCCUAUGGAACUGCACUAUGCCCAUUCUGUAGGAAGAAGAACUGAAGAGGAGCCAGCCCAGUUGUGCCAACUUUUAUCAGUUCACCAGGCAGUCAGAUUUGACUUUGGGAUCACCAGCCACCAGGGACCACCAAAAAGACCCCCAGGACAGAAAAACACAUCUGCAGAGAGAAGGGAAAAUAUGUUAAUGAUUUUGGGGAAAUGAUUAUUAAAUGUAUGCUUAUCAUGAAAAUCAAUGAAUGUGUGUAAAAUAAAGCCUCUAAAUAGGAGCUUUUUCUGUACUUAGCAUGCACAAUAUUCCAGAGGAUAUCCCCACAUGCAUCCAGCCAAAUAAAGAAUGCCUGCUUCUUAAUGCUACAUUGGUUAAAGAGUUUGCAUUUUUACCUAUUUUUGGUGACAGUGGAAGCAGAGUGUUAAUAGCAAUGCCAUAGAAAUUGGAGAAGAUUAAUCAAUGAGUUUCAGUAAGAAUUAAUUAUGAUAUCCUUUUGGAGGGGUCAUUGUUUCAUGUCACGCGUAGCUUUUUCUUUAGGGAAUUUUUUUGUCACUUUUCCUGCUAUUUCUGCAUUUGGAUCAUCCUGGAAUUUGAGAUUAUUGUAUGACUGAAUUUCAGAUAAAAUCAAAUUAUGAUCUAUUGAAUUAUCAUACUGAUAAUAAAAAGCCCUGGCAACAUUGGUGAUAUGUACUUCUUUUCCACCAGUUUCAAAAGCCAUGCAUACAAGAAAAGCUAUUUUACAGUUCUGCUGUGACUCUUCUUCUAAGACUUCUAUAAUACACCAAAGAAUUUAGGAGAAGGAGACCGAAAGACUAUUGGUCAAUUCCUAUAGAAAUACAAUGUCAGUAGGACAUGUUUCUUUCUUUCUUUGUUAUUUGUACAUCAGAAACCUCCUUCCAGCAGAUAGGGAUGGAUGGAUGGAUGGAUGGAUGGAUGGAUGGAUGGAUGGAUGGAUGGAUGGAUGGAUGGAUAAACUACUGCUAAGGCAUGUUUAUAAUGCACCACUACUUUUAUAAUUAGAGAAUGGCAAAUGGGUUUUAGCCUGCCUUGGGAGAAAACAUGUUCAUGAAUCCAUUGGUUCUGCUCUGCAACUCUAAAAUGCACCACCAGGGCUAAUGAUUCACCAGUUUAAUGUGAAAGGGCUGUGAUUGCAACAAGGGGCAACAAGUCUCACUGGCUGCUAUCCUGCCUUCAACAAACAUUUAUGCACCAGUCCCAGGUGGUUCCCAAAAGAAAUAGUUACACAUUACUGCAGAGCAUUUUUUCCUGUCCCAGGUAUUCAAAAGAGAAAGAUUAGGAGAACCCAAUUACAUGACUGUAAUAACUGUGCAUAGCCAUGAGCACUAACAGAAAUUUUAAGCAAUUCUACAAGACAGAGAAAAUUAAUGGGUCAUUGAAUGAAGCCUGUGAAUAUAACCAGCUGUAGGACUAAUAGUAUACAGGACAGGAGAAUCAACAUGUAAUCCCUCUGCUGCAAGGGGUUGAGGGGGAUUUAGCUGGCCUUGCAGGAAGUUUAGGAGUGGAACCUGUGAGUGAACAGACUCUCAGCUGCAAGAGUGACAUAGCAGGACAUGAACAGCUGUUCAGGUACAGAAUGGGACCGUCUGUGGUAUAUCUGGCUGGUGCUGGUGGUCGGGGGGCUCCUGCUCCUGUGUGGCCUGGUCUUUGUCUGCAUGAGGUGCUGCUUCCAGUGCCAUCAGACAGGGGAUGAGGCGGGCCCCCAGCCCUAUGAGGUCACCGUCAUUGCGUUUGACCAUGACAGCACCCUCCAGAGCACCAUCACUUCUCUCCACUCAGUGUUUGGGCCUGCUGCCAGGAGGAUAUUAGCCGUGGCACACUCCCACAACGCUGCCCAGGGAACCCCUCCCCUCUCUGCAUCAGACACCCCUCCAGUCUACGAAGAAGCUCUGCACAUGAGCAGGUUCACCGUGGCCAAGGCGGGGCAGAAGGUGCCGGACCUGGAUCCAGUGCCAGAGGAAAAGCCACAGGUGCCCACCGAGUGCAAGGACACCCAGCCAGACCUCCCAGGACACUGAUGGAUGUCUGGUUUUACUGAUACCAAAAAAUACAGGAUAGUUGCAUGCAGAGACUAAUUCAGGUGGGCAGGGCUUUAAGAAUUUGAGAUUAACUUCCUUAGUCAAUUGAGAAAGGGGGGUAGGGCAGGGGAAGCAACUAAAAUUCCAAAUAUUUUCAGAUCUAGCAUAGUCUAAUGGCUCUUUUUGACACCUCCUUCAGAUAAUUUGCAUUCUCCAAGCCCAUUCAUUACAUGCACACAACACUAGAAUCACACUUUGCACAAAUAAGCAGGCAGCAGGAUCAAGGUGCUGAGCCAUUUUGUAGGCUAGUGAUCUGCAGGGUGCCUGCAGAUGGAGUCUCAUUCCUCUUGCCUUUAGCCUAAGUUUCCUCAGGAUGGCAAGAGAUCUUCAAAGCAGGGGGAGAAAAUAAAAAAAGAAAAACAAACAAACAAAAAAAGACAUUUUCAAGAGUCUAUUACAACCCAAUAUUAACACCAAACUUCUGGAAAUUGCCAAUCAUUUAUAGUAAAUUUAAAAAAAAUUGAAACAAUUUGCAUGUAAAUGAAAGACAGCAUACGUAUAGACAGUAUGUACACAGUGGACCCUUAAUGCCCUGCAGGAUACAUAGAAUGAACAGAGUCUGGUUCUGAAUGGGGUAUAUAAGAAUUCUGAAAUGGUAGUCACAAGCUCUUAUAUUUGAAUUAAAAGAAUAUUAUAUAUGUACUAACAGAUCAAAUAACAGGAGGAGCAAGAACACUACCUCUGAAAUAAAGCUCAAUCAUAUUUUCAAUGCAUUCAUAUAGUAUCAUUUAUUAAUUCCUAAUGUUGCUGUCAAAACCAGAUCAAUUGAAGUAACACCAUUUAAAACAUGCAAGCCAUUUCUUAGAUUGAAUAAUUUGUGAGUCAGUCCUGGUCAAUACAAAUAUGCUGAACCAUCCAGAAAUAUUAAUGAAACUGGAUGAACACAGGUAUGGCCCAUCUGUAAAACCUUAGACUAGGCUGUCAGGAGAAGGUGAGUGUUGAACCAAAUCAGUGUUGUCUCUACCCUGGAUUCAACAUCUGAAAGCAUUAAAGCAGCACAACAUUAAAUAUCACAUGAUGAUUCAUUCA